AAAAUAAUGCAUAAAGACUUCGUAGAUCUACAUCACUUUGUAUUAGUGAGGAUAUCAUAAGAAUCUCCAAAUAUGGCAAAAAGGAUAUGAUUUCAUUUGGAUAUCUAUUUGAAAAGUUUUACAGAGAAAUUAAUGUUAAUUAUAUUUUGUACUAGCUUUUUUGUUUGUAAACCUUUACAUAUCUAGUAAAAAAUGUUUAAAUAUGUAAUAAUUUUUUUAAUAAUAAUUACUCUAAUAUUGGCUGAAGAUUAUUAUGAUCUUCUUGGAAUAAGUAGGGUUGCGGAUCAAAGAGAAAUCCGAAAGGCUUUCAAAACAAUUGCAGUUACUCAACAUCCUGAUAAAAAUAAAGAUGAUCCAAAAGCACACGAAAAGUUUAUUAGAUUAACAACAGCUUAUGAAGUAUUAAAAGAUCCAGAAUUAAGAAAAAAAUAUGAUCUUUAUGGAGAAAAAGGACUUGAGAAUAUCAAUACAAGGCCAAAUUAUCAUUCUUGGAAUUAUUAUAAAUACAAUUUUGGAAUUUAUGAUGAUGAUCCACAAGUUGUGACUCUUAACAAAAACGAUUAUUUUGAAAAUGUAUUGAAUUCGGAUAAAAUGUGGUUGGUGAAUUUUUAUUCGCCGAUGUGUAGCUUUUGCCAUCAUUUAGCACCAAUGUGGCGAAAGAUAGCUGAAGAACUUGAAGGAGUUAUAAAAGUAGGAGCAGUUAAUUGCGAAGAUGAUUUUCAACUUUGUCAUCAAAUUGGAAUAGCAGCUUAUCCUUCUUUAUUUUAUAUUGCAAAGAACUCAACAAAUGGGAAAUUAUAUACAGGAGAAAGAACGCACGAAGCAAUAAUAGAUUUUGUAUUAAAUAAGUUGGAUAUUAAUAUUCCUGAGAUAAGUUCAUCAGAUUGGAAACUUUUUAUAAAAGAUAAUGAACUUAUUAAAAAACCCACACUUGUAUUUACUUACAAAAAUAACAAAGAAUGUUUGACAUCUAACGAUCUUCUUAAAGUUGGUGCUAUUUUUGAUAAAACAUUAAAUAUUCGACUACUUCGUUGCAAGAAAAAUGAAUGCAAUGAUAUUUCUGAUAACACUUGUGCGAUUCUUUUGCCAAUAAAAAAUGAAAAAACCUGGCUACCAAUAUUAUUUGAGAAUGUAGAUAAUAUAAAAGAUUUAGUAGAAAAAGUUUUAGAACAAUUACCGGAACCAAAGAGUCUUAGUGACGAUGAAUUUGAGGAAAUAAGAAGACAUCUUAGAAAAAAGCCAGGGAUGGGUUGGCUCAUAUGUUUUUAUAUAGGACAUUCAACUGAAUUAGAUUUAAUAUUAAAGAAACUUCCUAAUAUUAUUAAUACUAUUAAUCUAGGUAAAAUUAAUUGUGGAAAGUAUGGACAUUUUUGCAAUAUAUUAAAUAUAAACCGGUAUCCAAUGUGGGGUGUUCUUAAGUCUGGAGGAGCAUUUGAAUUAAGUCAUGGAAAAAAUACUAUUCACGAUAUCGCGAAAUUUACUACAAGUAGUAUUAAAGCUGAAAAUCUAUGGGCUUUAUCUGCCGAUAAAGUAUUAUCUAUAUUACAGAGAAAUAAUGUUAAAGAAGUUUGGUUUCUUGAUUGGUAUGCACCAUGGUGUCCUCCAUGUAUGCAGUUUUUAUCAGAACUUCGUAAGGCAUCUAUGCAAUUCAAUACAUCAGUAGUACAUUUUGGUACGAUUGAUUGCACUGUACAUUCUACAAUUUGUCGACAAUACAACAUACGUUCUUAUCCAACUGCGAUGCUUAUAAAUGGAAGUAAAACAUAUCAAUUUACAGCACAAAAAACAUCAGCUAAUAUAAUACAAUUUAUAAAUGACAUACAAAAUCCAUCAGUUAUACAAAUAUCUGCUAAGAAUUUUCAUCAAUAUCUUGACAAAGAAAAAGAUAAGACAUUAUGGGUAAUUGAUUAUUUUGUUGGAUGGUGUGCACCUUGUCAACAUUUAGCAUCAGAAUGGACUGCUGUUGCUAAAGUCUUGCGUAUUCUACCUUUUGUAAAAAUAGGCAGUAUUGAUUGUGAGUUAGAAAAUGCUUUAUGCAGGUCACAAGAAGUUGGAAGCUAUCCUACUAUACGAUUGUAUCCAAGAGAACGCAAACAUUUGAAUAAAGCAAUAAAAUACGAUGGAUCACAUAACAUGUUGCACAUAUUAAAAUGGAUAUCUAAAUAUUUUCCAACAAAGGUGUAUGAUUUAGAUCCAACCAGUUUACGAAAAAAAGUUUUUUCUGGAAAGAAUGUGUGGCUUGUAGAUUUUUUUGCACCUUGGUGUGAUCAUUGUCAAACAUUAGAUCCACAUAUUUCAAUUGCUGCACAGUUAUUUAACAACAGGGUAUAUUUUGGACGACUUAAUUGCAAUCUUUAUCCGACACAGUGUUCACAAGCAGCCGUGAAAGCGUAUCCGACAUUAAUUAUUUACGAUCGAAAGUAUGACAUAAAGGAUAUUGACAAGGGUUUUAAAAUUACGGCAAUAUCAUCUGAAAUGAUAAAAGAAAAAGUAUUAAAUUUUUUAAAUUCUAACAAUAAAAAUAAACAUGAUGAAUUAUAACGAUAAAUAAUGUAUACAACAUAAACAAUGCGUAAUUGAUAAAAAAUUAAGUUAUAUCAAGAUAAAUCGACAAAAAGUGUAUAGUUUUUUAAAUAACAAUAAUAUUUUCAAUCAUUGUAAACCAUCGUAAGCAAUAUAUAUACGUAUAUAUAGUAUAUGUUUUUAUAUGUAUAUAUUUAAUAUGGGUAUUUUAUAAUUGUAUACAUGUAUAUGUGUAUAUAAUUUAAUUUUUACUGCACUAUUUACAGUGCAAUCCAACUUCCUUGUAUAUGAAAUACUCGUAUAUUUUACACACACACGCAUACACACGUGCGCGCGCGUGUGUAUUUGAUAUAUAUCUUUACUGUGAUAUAUCUUAAAUUGUUUUUACAGAAAUAUAUACUGCAUAUUA